AUGACAGACUCCAACAAGAUGAUCAUCAACUUGGCCCUCUUUGGCAUGACUCAGAGUGGAAAAAGUUCUGCUGGGAACAUUCUUCUGGGAAGCACAGACUUCCACAGCAGCUUUUCUCCAUGUUCUGUAACCAAAGAUUGUUGUCUAGGCCGCAGUUGUCACCUCUGUGGCUUCAUGCGUCGAGGAGGGCAAGAGAUAACCCUGCAGAUCCAGGUGUUGGACACUCCUGGUUAUCCACACAGCAGGUUGAAACAGGAGCAUGUGAAACAGGAGGUCAAGGAGGCCUUGGCACAUCACUUCGGGCAAGAGGGUCUCCAUCUUGCGCUGCUGGUCCAUAGAGCAGACGUGCCUCUCUGCGGACAGGAAGCAUCUUCCUCAGUCCAGAUGAUUCAGGAACUUCUGGGACAUGCUUGGAAGAAUUACACUGCCAUUCUUUUCACCCAUGCAGAGAAAAUAGAAGAGGCUGGGUUCAGUGAAGAUAAAUAUUUGCAUGAGGCCUCCGAUACACUGCUAACCCUGCUAAAUUCUAUUCAGCACAGAUAUAUUUUCCAGUAUAAAAAAGGAAACUCACUUAAUGAACAAAGAAUAAAAAUCUUAGAAAGAAUCAUGGAAUUUAUAAAAGAAAAUUGUUACCAAGUUCUUACCUUUAAAUAA